AUGUCCCCUCCAGCAUCGGCCGCGACGGCGAGUGAAAGCAGCGCGACCACCGUCUUCGAGGAGGACACCAGGGAGGAGCAAAGACCCCAGAAGCAGUCGCUGAGCAAGUCCCUGUGCCGGGAGAGUUUUUGGAAAUGCCUGCUCUUAUCCGUCCUCAUGUACGGUUGCAUGGGAGCGAUGGUCUGGUGUCACGUCACCAAGGUGACCCGCCUCACCUUCGACAGCGCCUUCAAAGGGAAAUCCAUGAUGUACCAUGACAGCCCCUGCUCGGAUGGCUACAUCUACAUCCCCCUGGCCCUGCUGGGCAUGCUCUACUUGGUCUACCUCGUGGAGUCCUGGCACUGCCACGCGAAGAACGAGCUGCAGCACAAGGUGGACGCGGAGGGCAUCUACGAGCGAAUCGAGAGGAUGCAGCAGGCCAAACCCUGCAUCUGGUGGAAGGCCUUCAGCUACCACUAUGUCCGCCGGACGCGGCAAGUCACGCGCUACCGCAACGGAGACGCGUACACCAGCACCCAAGUUUACCACGAGCGCGUCAACACCUACGUGGCGGAGGCCGAGUACGACUACGCCCACUGUGGCGUCAAAGACGUGUCCAAGCAGCUGCUGGGCUUGGAGAAGUCCGCCCUCACGAAGAUGCGCUUCACCAAGUGCUUCAGUUUUGCCAACGUGGAGUCCGAGAACUCCUACCUCACGCAGCGGGCGCGUUUUUUCACCGACAAUGAGGGCCUGGAUGACUACAUGGAGGCCAGGGAGGGCAUGCACCUGAAGAACAUCGACCUGAAGGAGUACGUCAUGGUGAUGUCUGACCCGGAGCGCCACCCUUGGUACCUCUCCCGCUACGUCUUCUGGUUGGCCUCGGUCCUCACUUUCUCCUGGCCUCUCAGAGUCUUCACCGAGUAUCACACUGCCUACGUCCACUACCGCGUCGAGAAGCUCUUCGGGCACGAUUACCUCCCCGCCGCGACCCCGGGCGACGAUCGUCCGUAUUGGCGCCGCAUCCCUCGCGUCAACACCAUCGACAGCACCGAGCUGGAGUGGCACAUUCGGUCCAACCAGCAACUGGUGCCCAGUUACUCCGAGGCCGGCCUGAUGGACCUGGCCCAGUGCCCCUCGAGCUUCAGCGGUUCUCGUCAGAACUGCGAGCGCUGCCACCGAGCCGUCAGCUGCUCCUCGGUGUUCUCCAGGAGCGCCCUCAGCGUCUGCACCGGCGCCAGCUCCCGGAUCCCCUUCAGCGGCAGCCGCUUCUCGUUGGCGCGGCACUACGGCUCCCAGCACAGCUGCUUCUGGCGGAGCGGCAGCUUGGACGACCAGGAGAGCCCCGGGGAAAACACCCGCUGUCUGUCGGAGCGCCUCAGCACAGGCGACGAGGGCCCGCCGGACUACGAGGACUCGCUCUGCUACCCGGUGCUCAUCGUCCACUGUAGCGAGAACUGCCACAACCACAGGUCCUUCCACAGAAACGCCUCCUGCGUGGAGACUUCCUUGUGA